CGAUCAGCUGACUUCAAUGUUGACAAAGCAAGUUAACCGCCGGUGAGAAGCAAAUGUUCUCGGUGAACAGAGGUAAAAACCAGGAAAGAUUGCUACUACUGCUGUCGGUAUGGACAUCCAAGAUGAGAGGAGCAGGCUGCUGGAUGCCGAGGGUGGAGAUCCAACAGGACUCAUGUCCGAGCAAGAUGCUUAUCUGAGCAAAGUGAAGAAUCGAAAGUUGUACCUUGCGACACUUGCCUCUGUUCUGGGUCCCAUGAGCUUCGGGUUCGUGCUGGGAUACAGCUCUCCCGCCAUCCCCGAACUCACCAAGAUUGAGGACUCUCGGCUGAGACUGGACGAUAACCAGGCUUCCUGGUUUGGGGUAUGA